AUGGACGGUCGGCAACAGUAUGUCCCGGGACCCCCACCUCCUUCCCAGGCACACAUGAAUCUACCACCACCUCCGCCUCGACAUCCAUCGGCCCAGGCUCCGACCUUAGUACCGCCCCCUCCUCCUGGCCCACCCCCAGGGGCAACGUAUGGGGCGCCAACGGGGUGGCAGCAGAGCUGGGGAAGACAGCCGGUCAAUCCUGGAUUUCCUCCGCCUCCACCACCUCCUCUGGCUGCCCAAAACCAGCACCUGGCGUAUGGCCGGCCGCCCGCCCAGCUAUCAAUCGUCCCGCCACGACACGACCACCAACCUCUGACAUCCGCAACCUAUAUACCCGGGCAUGAUACCAUUGGCGUUGGCAUUCCGGGACUGUUCGACCCCCAUGCACGAGCUCCAUAUGACCCCUACGCACAUAACACCGCCGAGCGACAACGAAUGAAUCUCAGUCAAAUGCAUGAUCAUGUCAACACCUCUGGCCCUUUUAAGCCCGACCCAAAUCCUCCUCAGACCCCUGGUGGGCGCACGAUGGCUCCUUAUGCUCUUCACGGCAACAUUCAUGAGCUGUCCCACAACGACAGUCCACAGCCGCACGGAACGCCACAAGCCACCGAAAUCGUCAAAUCCUCAAGCCAUCGCCACAAUAAUAGUAAUGCCUCGCUAGGUGGACUGUCCCACAGUGAAGCUGCAAUCCAGUGGCCUUUGGAUAGAGUGCUCAUCUGGCUCGCGAGAAAUGGAUUCUCUAAUGAUUGGCAAGAAACCUUCAAGUCUCUGGAGCUACAAGGGGCCGACUUCCUCGAGCUUGGUCUGGGGGCUGGUGGACGAGGAAAUCUAGGCAAAAUGCACCAGGUUGUUUAUCCCCAAUUAGCCAAGGAGGUCGGUCUGAACGGCAAGAAAUGGGAACCUAGCAAGGAAAGAGACGAGGGAAAGCGUAUGCGCAAAUUGAUUCGUCAGAUACACGACAAUUCGCAGGACUGCACUGUAUCCACCCCCUUGAAUCAGAUGCAGCCGCCGGCGACUGCGUUUCCGGAAAGCAGCACGGGUUACUUCGCUCAUCAUUUCCCCGAGCCACGUUCGGCAGGGCCUGUGCCUGGUGUUAAUGAUAUCAGUCCAGAGCAUCUGAGCGCAUUGCAAGCUUCCUCCAAUCACAACCAGAAGCCGACUGGUCAGCGCUCGGUGACCAUGCCAGUUCCUACGGGUCACGACUCGCCAAGAUAUGAAUCACCGAGAUACGACUCCCCCGCAAAGGAAACUUCACACUGGCUGCGGUCGGAUUACUCUCGCAAUGCCUUGGCGGGGAUCAACAGUGAUCAUCGACGCCAGAGUCCGUCGGUUGGCAGCGAAACUGGUACGUUCCAGUCCUCUUCGCUGCGGCCGCAGGAUAGCCCACAGAGCGGUAGUCCAGCCUUGCAGCACAUAUCGCCCAAUUAUGCAGCAUUCUCCUCCUCCGCCGGAGAUCUUUCAUUGAAGUACGAUCACUCUCGGGGUAAUAGCACGGACUCAAUCAACGGCAUGGGCCGAGGCACCACAGGCCGGUACUAUGAUUCUCGCAGACCAGCCCAAGAAGGAGCUCGUCCUUCGCCCUACGAUGCAUCUGGUCGGCAGUCAAGUGGUGAAACCCCCUCUUCGUAUUCCAAGGAUCACGGCAAAGGCUUCUUCUCCAACCUUUUGAAGAAGAAAGCCCAUAGAGCCAAUGACUCCAGUCAUCCGUCUCCCGACCACCAUGAUGAUUCGUCGCCAACGACAAGUCCUGAGACCCGCCCAAAUGAGGCAUAUCUCCCUUACUCGAAGCCUGGCUUCAAUGCUAGCGACAUGUCUGUUGGCGAAAGACCUUCUACGUCGCCUACUAAAUCGAAGAAAUGGGUCUUUGUGACGAUGGAUGGCUCCAACUUUCGCCUGAUCGAUAUCACUGAAAUGGACACCGUUGAGGCGAUGCGUGUUGGAAUCUGUCAGAAUAUAGGAGUUGACUGGACUAGUGCCCAGAUCUACCUCACAGAACCAGGUCAAACUGAGCAUGAAGAUGCCAUGAGUGACACAACCCUCUCACACACCCGCCGAAGCAAGUCAGAUGCUUAUGGCUCCAUCAAGCUCUUUGUGCGAGGGACCUCUUCACAACAUAUGACACCUCACACUCCGCGCUUCGACGGCCUCGGUGUCUCUUUCCCUGAUAAGUUAAAUCUGUCCCCGACGGCAACCCAUCACCAAGUGCACAGGAAGCCAUUGGAUGAAGAUGCACUUCACAGGAUAUCACCGCACCGUACGGCACCGGAUUCUCCUUCAUUGGGUUCUCGUCAAAGCACACUGAAGGCGUCGAAUGUGAAGACGCCCUCGGCAGAAGUCGCACCAGACACAGCGCAAGCCUCUGAGCCUGAUAGAGCAGAUCUGCUUGCUCGCCAUGAGGAACACAUGCGUGAAGUUGAACGCAAGCAAAAACAAUAUUUACAAACUAAAUUGCAGCAGCCUCAGCAUAACAAGAAUGCUUAUGGAGAUACUGGGUACAGGCGUAACGAGGUCAUUGAUUUUGAUACUCCACGAAUCUCACCUUACGACGAGAAGAAAGGAGAAUCGCUGGUACCCUUUCGCAAGCCCCCAAUGGCGCCAAUCGAAUCCAACACCCUCACGAAAGUUAACUCCCUCAGCAGGAGGCCUACCACGCGUGAACCUAGACCUCAGCAGUCUGCUCCAACUCAUGGCCUGGGCGCUGCAAUUGCCAGUGUUGGUCGCAUUACAAGCGCCAUCGGCACGCCAAUUCCUUCUGUGCCAGCGCCAUCUACCCCCGCCACCGAUAGCCGAAACAGCGCAAGCUCGGAAUCCGACCAUCCAGGCACACUUGAUUCUGCGGGAACAUUCUCAAGUAGAACAACUCUAGACUCUUCGAGACCUUCCUCGAAUCAUACCACAGAAACCGAAAAGUCAUCAGUCUCAUUUGCCAAUCAGUCUCCUGAAAAGCCUUCUCAUGAUCAGCCGAGACCAGGAUUGCAAUCCCGCAAGUCGUUUGGCCCUGAGUUCGACUUUGAAGAGAAUCCAGUCUCUUUCCAACGAACUCCCCAGACCCAAGAAGAUACCGAGAGUGACUCGGACGAUGAUUCCGACGAUGGCUUAUUCCAAGUCCGACCUUCGAGAGCCCAGGAGGAAAAGAACGUGGCACCGAACGAACCCGAGCCCGAAAAGAAGUCCGAGAGACCAUCUUUAACGCUGAACACAAAGAAUCAGCUCAAGCCAAGUCACUCUGUCAGGUUCAAGUCUCCGAGCACUGCCGGCCACAGUGCUAGCGGCGCUUCCGAUAGCCGAGGCCCGUUCUCAAGCACUCAUGGGCCCGUCUCACCUGAGGAUGAGAGACCCGGACCCCGACGAGAUUCAUUUGCUCCAGAUGUCUGGGCGAGCAGACCUGCUGUUGAGGGCGUCAUUGACCAUCUUGACGAUUUCUUCCCAGAUGUGGACCUUGACGCUCCCUAUCUGGAUGAACCUGCAUCCCCAAGCAUCAGAGCCAAUGCCGAUCACGACGCGGGCUUCAGAGACAAGAAAGAAUCCCACCCGUCCGUGCCACAGCCAAUCCCCAAUGCGGCCAAUUCACAAAAUGCCGAUGGAGCUACUGUGUGGCCAUCAGGCUCCGAUAUCGUCGCCAAGCGCAGCAUCGCGCGCGGUGGUGGCGGUGGUGGUCUUGGUCGCAUGAAGUCCAUUCGACAGGUGGCCCAGGGAGCAAACCGGACGAAGAGCGUGAAUGCGAGCGGACCUCAAAGAUCGGGCGAUCUGCUACGCCGCAAGAGUACCAAGAUGUUCGGCGCAAAGAUUAUGCAGAUCAGGCCUCGCCCUGGUAGUCGAAUCAGCCAGCUCGAUCCUAUCCCGCAGAAUAGCAACCAGGUAGCGCCAAAUACUGGCGUCGUGCCCCAGCGCCAGCCCACUUUCCGCAUUAUCCGUGGUCAGCUCAUCGGCAAAGGUACCUACGGCCGGGUAUAUCUCGGCAUGAAUGCGGACAAUGGUGAGGUUUUAGCAGUCAAGCUGGUGGAGAUAAACCCCCGCAUUGCAGGCACAGACAAAGACCGUAUCAAGGAAAUGGUCGCUGCCCUGGAUCAGGAAAUUGACACGAUGCAGCACUUAGAACAUCCCAACAUUGUGCAGUACCUGGGUUGCGAGCGAGGCGAAUUCUCUAUUUCUAUCUACCUCGAAUAUAUUUCCGGUGGCUCUGUGGGCAGUUGUCUACGCAAACACGGCAAGUUCGAAGAGAGCGUCGUGAGAUCGCUUACCCGGCAAACUCUGGGCGGACUCGCAUAUCUUCAUGACAAGGGGAUCCUUCACCGAGACUUGAAGGCAGAUAACAUUCUCCUGGAUCUUGAUGGAACAUGCAAGAUCUCUGACUUUGGUAUCUCCAAAAAGACAGACGAUAUCUACGGCAAUGACUCUUCCAAUUCCAUGCAAGGAUCUGUCUUCUGGAUGGCCCCGGAGGUUAUUCAGUCCCAGGGACAAGGCUACAGUGCCAAAGUGGAUAUCUGGUCACUUGGAUGUGUGGUGUUGGAGAUGUUCGCUGGUCGUCGUCCAUGGAGCAAAGAAGAAGCUAUAGGUGCUAUCUUCAAGCUUGGUAGCCUGAGCCAGGCCCCGCCAAUUCCAGACGACGUGUCGAUGAACAUCAGCCCGGCCGCUCUUGCUUUCAUGUAUGACUGUUUCACGAUUGACUCGGCUGAACGUCCUACCGCUGGAACCCUUCUUACCCGCCAUCCAUUCUGCGAGUCCGAUGCGACCUACGACUUCCUCGACACGGAGUUGUAUGCCAAAAUUCGCACUCCUGCCCCAGCCUAG